UCGGCGCUCGCACACGCUCGGGGGAACAUGGCGGCGGCGGAGCCGGCUGUCCCGGCGCUCCCCUGCGGCGGCGGCGGCGCGGGCGCGGGGACGGGGCCGCCGUCGGGCGCGGUGCCGGUGCUUUUCUGCUUCUCGGUUUUCGCGCGGCCCUCGUCGGUGCCGCACGGCGCGGGCUACGAGCUGCUCAUCCAGAAGUUCCUCAGCCUGUACGGCGACCAGAUCGACAUGCACCGCAAAUUCGUGGUGCAGCUCUUCGCCGAGGAGUGGGGCCAGUACGUGGACCUGCCCAAGGGCUUCGCGGUGAGCGAGCGCUGCAAGGUGCGCCUCGUGCCGCUGCAGAUCCAGCUCACCACCCUGGGAAAUCUUACACCUUCAAGCACUGUGUUUUUCUGCUGUGAUAUGCAGGAAAGGUUCAGACCAGCCAUCAAGUAUUUUGGGGAUAUUAUUAGUGUUGGACAGAGACUGUUGCAAGGGGCCCGGAUUUUAGGAAUUCCGGUUAUUGUAACAGAACAGUAUCCUAAGGGUCUUGGAAGCACUGUUCAAGAAAUUGAUUUAACAGGAGUAAAACUGGUUCUUCCCAAGACCAAGUUUUCCAUGGUGUUACCAGAAGUGGAAGCAGCAUUAGCAGAGAUUCCUGGAGUCAGGAGUGUUGUACUCUUUGGAGUGGAAACUCAUGUGUGCAUCCAGCAGACGGCCCUGGAGCUCGUUGGCCGCGGCAUCGAGGUUCAUAUCGUUGCUGACGCCACCUCAUCGAGGAGCAUGAUGGACAGGAUGUUCGCCCUGGAGCGUCUCGCCCGAACCGGCAUCAUAGUGACCACGAGCGAGGCUGUCCUGCUGCAGCUGGUGGCUGAUAAAGACCAUCCCAAAUUCAAGGAGAUUCAGAAUCUAAUUAAGGCGAGUGCUCCAGAGUCAGGCCUGCUUUCCAAAGUAUAGGACGUUUGAAGGACUGCUCUCCUGCUUGCUGCGGGGGGCUGGACUGUGAGCCCGGAGAAGCUCUUGUCUCUACUAGAAUUAAAAUGUUAAAUCCAAAAUGGUUCCUUUCUGCGCCUCGUAGUGACACUUAACCUGCUAGACCAUCUGGUACCAGCAUUUAGUGACAAAUGUCAACGGCUUCAGGUGCUGCUUACCUUCUUUUUGUCUUAAUGUGCUUUUAUUUAUUAAAAAAAAUUACAAUAGAGGUGCCUGUUUUGUCGAUAUUGUAUACACAUCGCAACUGUCGAAAGGAACAGUCUUGUGAAGUUUUCUUAAAUUGUGUACCUUAAUGAAAAACAGUGUAGCCAUAAUGAUUUGACAUCUAUAUUAUUGUGAGAUGUACUGUUAUAUGUUAAUGUGGAUUCAGUGCUUUUACGUUAUAGGUUGGUUGGAAUAGGAUUAUUAGUUGUGCAUUUACAAGGAGGGCUCUGGCUCAUGUGCCUCAUUUCCCUCACGAUGUUGUCCAUAGAUAAAGUGAGUUGCAUUGAUCUAACCAAACCAAAUUAUGUUGAAUAAUUAUAUAUCUUUCUUGAUUAUACUGAUUCACUUAUUCUGAUCAAUGUUACUAUUUCUCUGUUAAUGUUCUCCUUUUUAGCUGGAUCUUUUUCCUAGAAAGACUCAUUGGGUUGUUGCUUAUUCAUUUUGUAGCAGGUGGGAUGACUUGAUGGAUGGGUAUUUUAAUACCUUUAAGUGUGACUCCAAUUGAAUAUCUUUGCAGACAGAUGGAAUAUGUCUUCUGGAAUGCUCAGGAUUUAGCCAGUCCAGAAAGGCUGGGCAAAAAUGUAGGAAUUCUGUUCUGUUUUCUGCACUUGUCCUCCAGAUACAGUUGUUAAUGUAAAAGGCAUCACUGAUGAUUUGGUAGUAUUAAUUUUGUGGCCAUUGUUAACCUUUAAUAAAUUUAUUUUCGUUAAAUACUUA